ACUCAAACACACACUAAUUAAUUUAUGACUCGAGAAAAAAUAUACACACAUUCGAAAAAUAGUACUCCUAUAUCGGAUUUCUACGAACCCCACCCAAAAGUUGGGAGUUAAGAACCGGGCGAGCUUCGAACCGGUUGGACCGGGUCGGCUUAGCCGUGUACAGCUGCUACUCCCUACGCCGGCAGCGCCUCGGUUGAUUCAAUUUGUCUCUGUGCAUUCGUUUUCUUUUUUGGCGCCAAGAGCUAUAAAACGCGCCGCCGUUCUCUUCCGUUUGCAUCGCAUUUAUCAAAUUGAAGCAUAGAAACUCACUCUGCGAUUACGAAUCAUUUGAUUUUUUAUUUUUCCAGCAGAAAUGACCAAAGCGCGAAUUCGAACCCCGUUCGAUCUUAGUUUUCCGACAAAUUCCCCGUUCCAAAAUCGGUCCUCGCCGAUUGGGCGGCCGUCGCUACGGUUCUCGCAGGCGGAAGCAUCUCCUCACCGAUUCAGAAGAAUUCAAAUCGCAUUUCGUGCAGAGAAGUCGUUUGGUUCGCCGCACGAAGAUGAUUUUUCGCACGCUGAAGUCGUGGUACCAGCAGGUGGUAAAUCAGUCAGUGAUGCUACAUUGGUUGGCGUGGCUACUCUUACGAGCAAGAUUCUGGGAUUCCUUAGAGAGGUCACAAUGGCUUCAGUUUUUGGUGUUGGUGCCGUUGCCACUGCUUUCAAGUAUGCCUGGGUUUUGCCUGGUUUCUCAUCAUCGCUUCUUGGCGGUGUAAAUGGUCCUAUCCAUAUUAUCAUGUCAACUACUUUAAGUAAACUUUCAGAGGAGCGAGGAAAGAGGCUAUUUCAACAUCUGACCACCAUUAUGUUUCUGGUAGGAGGUGUUGUGGGUGCUCUUGUUUAUAUCUUCCCAGAAUUCGUGAUUCAAAUUUAUGCUCCGGGUUUGUGGAUAUUGGCUGAAGGCCAAAUCAUAAGGGAAAUAGCUAUCAAGCAGCUGAAAAAUAUGACGCCAUGCAUAGUCCUUGCAGGUCCUGUUGGACUCGGGUUUGGAUACAUGAGUGCUCAAGGAAAUAAUGCUCUCCCUUGCAUUAGCCCUGCCUUAUCCAGCUCACUUGUGAUUGCUAGUUGUCUCAUUUCUGCUCUUACCAGAGGAUUGGAUGCUUCUUCUACUGGUGCAAGCCUUAUUUCAUACGCAGUUUCUAUUGGAUUAUUCUUCCAGUGGAUCAUCCAGGUGAUAAUGCUCAGAAGAAGAUGGUUUGGUAUUACUCCAGAUGCAUUAAAUAACAUCUUAAAAAGUGUGGAUGUCUGUCAGUUUUUCUCGUUGUUACUCCCAGCAACUGUAAGUUCAGGCUUGGCACAAAUUGCAUCAUUUACUGAUCUUUUUUUCGCAUCUCUCAUUCCGGGUGCUGCAGUCAGUCUCUCAUAUGCAUAUCUUAUGGUCAUGGCACCAUUGGGUGCUCUGUCAAGCAUCAUUGUACUACCCCUAGUGCCUAAGUUUUCCAAACUAGUGAAGAUGUCAUCAUGGGAAAGCUUAGCUGAUGAUUUAGAAAGAGGGCUGCUGCUUUGCUUGGUGCUUCUCUUGCCCAUUUUUUCAGUUAUGCGUAGCUUGGCCGAGCCAAUCAUCCAUAUCUUGUUUGAACGUUGUGCAUUUGACUCUUCAGCUAGUGCUCUAGUAUCCAGUCUCUUCCUUGCUUAUUCUCUUGGUACACCUUUUUUCAUCGCUAAAGACUUGCUAGUGGCAGUUUUCUAUGCUCUUGGAGAUGGAAACCAACCUUUUCUAGUCAGCGCAGGUGCCGUUGCUUUGAAUGCCAUUUUGGAUUGGCUUUCAGUUUCCAGAUUCAAUCUUGGAGCAAAGGGACUGGCACUCUCAACAUCCCUUACAGCUGCUCUGUCCGUUUUAAUCUUGUUCCAUCUCCUUAAGAGGAAGCUCUCAGGUAUAAUCCACAACUCAUUUAAUGUGCACUCUAAUUACACAUAUGACUAUGGUGCAAAUGUCUCAGGGCUAUCAAGUUAUGCUGCAAUGAUCUAUCCCACUACACUGUUACUCAUUUGCUGCAUUACAUCAAACAUCACCACCUCCGCUGCUUACAACCUCAUGCGAGUGUCGUUGGCUUCCACCUUACUUCCAAGGUACAAUUUGAUGAUAGAGCUGUUCACUCUAUCGGUAGCUGGUGCUCUUGGAUUAAUUGGCUUCUUCGUUCCCGCUGCCCUCCUGCACUUGUCUGGAUCUAAGCUGGCACGAGAUUUGUAUAGGAUGGCUAAUGGCUAAGUCAUUCUGAUUUGGAGAUUUAUGCACAUUUUGGAGAAACCCGCAUGACUCAUCCAAGAUGGUUGCAAGAAGCAAGUGGAGAGGUUUUGGACGGGACGAUUGACUUGAACUUCUGGGAUGGGACACUGGUGUUGUACAACACCAGAGCUGUUUUCUGAUCUGCAGAUGGCUCGUACUACGCCCUAUCUGUGAAGUUGGGAUGGAUUCAAGAGUUUUUUGGAUGAAUGUCAGGUAGGAACUUUACUGGAGUUGGAAAUAAUUUUGUGGCAAGUUGAAGCCUAAAGUGUCAACGUAUAGAUAAAUUAAUGUGUAGCACAUGGAAUUGUGUAUUCUUAAUUUUACAGUUUACUACAUAGAUUGCUCACAGAUUUGGAUAUCA